AUGGGGGUCCUAGCUGUGCUCAUGCUGCCCUUGCUGCUCCUGGGGAUCAGCGGUCUCCUUUUCAUCUACCAGGAGGUGUCCAGGCUGUGGUCCAAGUCAGCCGUGCAGAACAAGGUGGUGGUCAUCACUGAUGCCAUCUCAGGACUGGGCAAGGAGUGUGCUCGGGUGUUCCAUACCGGCGGGGCCAGGCUGGUGCUGUGCGGAAAGAGCUGGGAGAGGCUUCAGAGUCUAUACGAUGCCCUGAUCAGCGUGGCUGACCCCAGCAAGCAGACUUUCACCCCAAAGCUGGUCCUCUUGGAUCUCUCGGACAUCAGCUGUGUCCAGGAUGUGGCCAAAGAGGUCCUGGAUUGCUAUGGCUGCGUGGACAUCCUCAUCAACAAUGCCAGCAUGAAGGUGAAGGGGCCUGCCCAUAACAUUUCUCUGGAACUCGACAAAAAGAUCAUGGAUGCCAAUUACUUUGGACCCAUCACACUGACCAAAGCCCUGCUCCCCAGCAUGAUCUCCCGGAGGACCGGACAAAUUGUGUUAGUGAAUAACAUCCAAGGGAAGCUUGGAAUCCCGUUCCGUACAGCCUACGCCGCCGCCAAGCACGCGGCGCUCGGCUUCUUCGACUGCCUGCGGGCCGAGGUGGAGGAAUACGACGUCGUCGUCAGCACCGUGAGCCCCGCUUUCAUCCGCUCCUACCACGUUCAUCCAGGCCAAGGAAACUGGGAGGCCUCCAUCUGGAAAUUCUUUUUCAGGAGGCUGACCUACGGGGUGCACCCCGUGGACGUGGCGGAGGAGGUGAUGCACACCGUGAGACGCAAGAAGCAAGAGGUCUUCCUGGCCAACCCCAUCCCCAAGGCCGCCGUGUACAUCCGCACCUUCUUCCCUGAGGUUUUUUUUGCCGUGGUGGCCUGUGGGGUGAAGGAGAAACUCAACGUCCCAGAGGAGGGUUAA